AUGGAAAUCAUCAGUCAAUUGAAGAAUCCAUGGUUAAUUCUGGGGGAUUUCAAUGCUAUCACUUGUGCAGAAGAAAAAAUUGGAGGUAAAGAUCCAAACAAAAGAUCAAUGUUAGACUUUAAUAACUGUAUUGAUGUGUGUGAAUUACUGCAAGCUCCAAGAUCAGGGCAGCAACAUUCAUGGUCCAAUUGUCAACAUGGUAAUAAAAGGAUUCUUCGCAUUUUGGAUAGAGCAAUGUUUAACCAUCUAUGGUUACAAAAUUAUGAAGAUUGGAGUUUUAAAGUGGGAGUCAAAAUUGCCUCAGAUCAUGCCCCUUUAUUAGGUGGUAAGUUGAGCAAUCCUAAACCAAAAAAUUCUCCAUUUAAGUUCCAUAAAAUGUGGAUAUAUCAUCCUAAUUUCAUGGAAACAGUUCAAAAAAGUUGGUCAGAGGAAGUGGUUGGUGAUCCAGAUUUUGUAUUUCAAACAAAGUUGAAGAGAUUGAAAAAUAUUCUUAAAGAAUGGAAUUGGCAGGUGUUUGGAAAUGUUAAUAUUCAAAUGAAGGAGGCUGAAAUCAAAGUUCAAGAAGCAAUGGAGUUAUCAUAUAAAGAUCCAUUUAAUGAGGAGAAUCUGAAUAAUUUGGUGGAAUCUCAGAAUGUUCUUAACACUAAGGAAGUCUAUUUUAAUACAAUGAUGAAACAGAAAGCAAGGAUUAAUUGGAUAAAAGAUGGAGCUGCUAAUACAAAUUUUUUACAUACUUCUGUCAAGAUAAGGCAAACUCAAAAUUUUAUCAGUGAACUAGAGGAUGAGAAUGGGAAUGUUUGCACUAAUCAAGAGAAGAUAGCAAAACUUCUAGUUAAGCACUAUGAAGAGAAAUUCAAAUUAAAACAGUGGAGGAUGCAGGUUCAUUAUUGGAUGUGA